GGUACUAAUACUAUCCAAAUUAACCCACCUCUUUAAAUCUUUUAAAAAAUGACCCACUCCAUCCACCUCUCCCCAUUAAUAUUACUUCUACCAACACGCACAACACUCAUUUACCAAUUUCAGAUACCUUUGACAUGUACACUGACACACAAUCUAAAAAGAUAGAAUUUUAUCUACUUUAGCUGAUCUUGCAAAGUCCAAAAUUGCAAAACAAACAACAAGCUCUGUUGAAUCUCCACAAUCCACAAUCCACAUUCCACUACAACAACAACAACAUACCCAGCGAAAUCCACAAUGUGAGGUCUGGGGAGGGUAUAAUGUACGCAGACCUUACCCUCAUCUCGAAAGAUAGAGAGGUUGUUUCCGGAAGACCCUCGACUCAAGAGAAAACAUGAUGAGAAAAAGUCAGAUAAGCACAAACAGUCCAAAGCAAUGCGAAAAUGAAACUAACGAAAGCGAAAAAGUCAUGAUAAAGCAGUAUGAGCAAUCCACAUUGCACUAUAGGAACUAAACUCCCACGACUAUUUAAUGAAAUAUUAUCAAAGCAAGAAGCUUUAAACAAGUACACAAGAUUGUGGGAGGAAAAAAAAGUAAAACCAAAGAAAAUACAGCUCUGAAAUGGAGAAAACCCGAUCGAGCUGCAAAAAUGGCGAAUUGGCAAAUUUUCUUUUUCUUCUUCUUCUUCUUCUCUGAUUUUUUCUUAUCGUUUUUCUUGAAGUGAUUCGAGAUCUAACUCCGGUUGCUCCCCAGAGAGUACAUAUCUGAAGCUUUUUAGCACCGGAGAAUCGAGAUCUAGCUCCGGUAUAUCGCCGCAGAGGAUAGAUCUGAAGUUUCAAUGUAUAUGGGUGUAUAUGAGUGUAUUUGGGUUAAAGCUUUGCAAUAAUUAUGCACCAACUUGUUCAACAACAUAUUGGAUCUUAAGCCUCUUGCAGCUCCCAAUCACUGUUGGAGCUUCUGCGUAUGAAGCAGUUUGCUUGUACAGGGGAUCGAGAGCGACUCUUUCAACUGGGGAAGCAGUAAUAACGUGGAAAGUGCAUCAGUUGAUUCUGUACUGUUGCUGCGGCAUUUUGGCUGGGAUAGUUGGUGGCCUGCUAGGUCUUUGUUGUUAAUGAGCAUCCACUGCCAGUAAAAUCUAAGAGAAUUCUAUAGACAUGGCGAUGAAAUGGAAGAUGAGAAAAGGUAAAGUUGAGGUGAUUCUAGAAUUAUACAGAAAGCUCCAAAUAGGUCUUAGCUUUUAGGGUGGGACAUCAAGGAAAUUUAUUUUAAUUAAAAGAGAAGAGAAUAAAAAGUAAUGAGGAAUUUAUUGGUACGUUAAAUGUAGCACAUAGUCCAAAAACUGAAGCAUGUGUUCGUCGGGGUCCACAGAUGGAGGACGAAAAAGUGCAUGUUAAACUGGCUCUUCUAAAGGUAGAAAUUGAUUAUGAUUAUAGUCCUUUUUCCAGAAUAUUUAAUUAUAACUACAUGAGAGAUAUUUUCAAUUCAAUUUAUGACUUUGAAUUUAAGGUAUAUUGGUGGCAAAAGUUUGGUGCACUGUCCCGAAAAAUCUUUUUUAUCGAAACAUCUGUUCAGGCUGCGGGUUUCCCAAGAUAUACCGGUUCUUCUGGGACUCUUAACCGACAAAAUUGUGUCGGUCUAUUCACAUGCGACUGUUUGAAAACGGUGCCCCAUACCGAUU